GUGGACUCGCAUUGUUUACAUGCUCCUCUUUGUUCGGUGGAAGUUCCGCUAAAAAAAUGUCCAAUAAACGGUCGAAGAUCACCGAGAACCGGAUCCUCCGGGAGAACCGGAUCCUCCCGGACAACCGGGGCCUCCGGGCGGCCAUCGACGAGCAGCUGGCGGCGGCCGCGGAGGAGAUCUUCUGGCUGCUGAAGGAGUGCGGACUGGCGGACGUGGAGGAGCUGCGGGACCGGGUCGCGGAGCGGAUCACCGCGGCGGUGGAGCUCAUCUUCAGCGCGUUUGGUGCCUCCAGAGCGGCCGAGAGGGAACCAGAGCAGCCCGCUGAACCUGGAACCGAUGGCAGAGAUUCGUGUCCAGAGUUUUGUUUCUCUGAAGGACCUCCGAAGCAGGACCACCUGGGCAAACUGAAGGACCCUCUGCCCGGCACUUCCUCCAGGCCAGACCGUGUCUCUGAAACGGAUCACCGACCGGACUCUCUGGACGAUCUAGCCGGCAAGGACGACGAAGAGAGCGACAAAGAGGCGCCCCCCCACUGUUGCAGAAUCUGCAGGAAGUCGUUCAACAGGAAAGGCUUUUUGAUGAAACACGUGGAAAAACACUUGAAGGAGGCGGAGUGUGUUUGCGGUCUGUGUGGGGAGCGCUUGGAUUCCAGCGACGACCUGAGGCUGCACCACCAAACUCACCGCGACAGCAGCAGGACCUGCCACAUCUGCAGCAAGAAGUUCCCCUCGAUCCGCGCUCAGGAGACGCACCUGAGGCUGCACACAGGAGAGAAACCAUUCAGCUGCCACAUCUGCGGAAAAGGCUUCAACCAGAAGGGAAACAUGGUGACACACAUGAGGAUCCACACAGCGGAGAAGCCAUUCAGGUGCACCACGUGUCACAAAGUGUUCAGCCACACAGGCUCUCUGGAGCGACACAUGAAGGUCCACGAUGGACAGACGCCGUUUAGCUGCAAAGUCUGCGGGAAAAGCUUCAGCAAGAGCGCUGAGCUGAGGCGACACGUCCAGAGCCAUGAGUCGGCCGCUACGCCUGCCACCAGGAGCAGGCGCAGGAAACCGAGUCUGACUCCUUCUCACUGCUGCAAGGUCUGCGGGAACGCCUUUCACAAUAAAGGCAACUUUGUGCGGCACGCAGAGACUCAUUUAAAUGAUCCCGUAUGUCGCUGUGGUGUCUGUGGAGAGCAGUCGGAGUCCUCUGAGAGUUUUCUGCUUCACAUCCAGAGCCACAGAGAAACCAACAGGAUGUGUGACAUCUGCGGCAUCAGCUUCAGGGACAUGGAGAUCCACAUGAGGACGCACACCGGCCAGAAGCCCUUCAGCUGCAAAGACUGCGGCAAAGACUUCCCUAGGAAGGGCUCUCUGGAGAGACACAUGAAGCUGCACGCUGGCGACAGGCCGUACAUCUGCGAGUUCUGCGGGAAAACUUUCAUUGAAAACACCGUCCUGAAGAGACACAUCAAGAGCCACACGGGAGGAAAGCCCAGGAUCUACUCCUGUGACAGCUGCAGCAAAACAUUCACCAUGAGCCAGCAUCUGGACGUGCACAAGAGGAUCCACACCGGGGAGAAACCGUACACCUGCAGGGUCUGCGGGAAGAAUUUCCGGCAGAUCGGCAACCUGGACUCCCACAUGAGGAUCCACACGGGGGAGAAGCCGUUCAUCUGCAGCCUCUGCGGGAAGAGGUUUCGUCAGAAGAUCUCGCUGGAGACGCACGAGAGGUUCCACAAGAAGGAGAAACUGUUCAGCUGCCAGCUCUGCAGCAAAGGCUUCGUCCAGAAGAUCGACCUGAAGAGACACAUGCUGACGCACACAGGGGAGAAACCCUACAGCUGCAGCAUCUGCGGGAAGAGCUACCAGGAGAAACGCUCCGUAGACUCUCACAUGAAGGUCCACACCGGAGAACGAGCCGGAAGGGACUCCGAGGUGACGUCGAACCUGAACCGCCAGGAAGGAGUUCACGCCGACUUCAUCCAGCUCUUCCUCCAUAACGAAGCGCUUGUUGUUCGCCCUCCGGUCCAGCAGAGGUCGCUGUUCGCUUCCGCCGCUCCGCUCUCCUCAAAGCGAACUGUCCGUGUGCGCGGCCCCGCUGGCUCUCUUUGUCCGCACAAGAGGAGCACAAUGUGCGCCGUGCGGCUGCUGCGGGUGUCGGUACGCGAGCGGCUCGGCGCCGCCGCCGAAGACGUUCUGCUGCGGGUGGAAGAAGGACAAGAAGCGGCGGACAUCCCGGCGCUGAGAGCGCUGCUCACCGAGCGGCUCGCGGCUGCGGAGGAGGAGAUUGUCGGUCUGUUGGAGGAAACCGUGGCGGAGUACGAAGACCGAGCCGAGCGGUCCGAGCGAGAGGUCCGCCGCCAGAAGAGGCUGCUCGAUGCCCUGCUGAAGCCCGACGUGCAGCUGCAGCGAGCAGAUGUCCAGCAGCUGUUGGAGAAUAAAGAGCAGCAGGACUGGAGCUCCAGUCUGGACCAGGAGGACCCAGACCCCCCACACAUUAAAGAGGACCAGGAGGACCCAGACCCCCCACACAUUAAAGAGGAACAGGAGGAACUCUGGACCAGUCAGGAGGGAGAGCAGCUUCAAGGUCUGGAGGAGGCUGGUAUCAGGUUCUCAUUCACUCCUCUGAAGAGUGAAGAUGAUGAAGAGGAAGCUCAGUCCUCUCAUCUUCAUCAAAGAAUAACUGAACACAUGGAAACAGAAGCUGAUGGAGAGGACUGUGGAGGACCAGAACCAGACAGGAACUCAAAUCCAGGACCAGACAGAAACUCAGAUCAGCAUUUACAACCAGUUAAUGAAGACGAUUUUCCGGACUCUUCUGAUACUGAUGACUCUGAUUGGUCACAAACCAACGGAGCCCGGUUGGGGGUCGAGGCUCAGAAACACAAUGAAGUCUCUGAGAGCAAUAUCGACUCUUCAGCGAAAGAGAGACCAUUUCCAUGCUCUUAUUGUGGGAAAAGUUUCAGCUUGAAGGGCAAUUUGAACAGACACAUUAGAGAUCACACGGGCGAGAGGCCGUUCCCGUGUACCGGCUGUGAUAAAACCUUCAAAGACAGCGGCUCACUUACAGCUCACAUGAGGUGUCACACCGGAGAGCAGCCAUACAGCUGCUUGUUCUGUGGGAAGAACUUCAGCGGGCGAGGAAACAUGACCCGGCACAUGAGGAUCCACACCGGAGAGAAACCCUUCACCUGCUCAGUGUGUAGUAAAAGCUUUCACGUGAAAGAACACCUCAACAGACACAUGAAGUAUCACACAGGGGAGAAACCCUUCAGCUGCUCCAUCUGUGGCAAAGGGUGUGCUCAGAAAACAGACCUGAAGAAACACAUGAGGGUCCACACAGGAGAGAAACCCUUCAGCUGUCCCUUCUGUGGGAAGUGUUGUGCUGAAAAAGGAGACUUGACUAAACACAUGCGAGUCCACACGGGAGAGAAACCCUUCAGCUGCAACGUAUGCGGGAAAAGUUGUGCUCAGAAGGGGAGCCUGAAGAUCCACAUGAGGGUCCACACAGGAGAGAAACCAUUUAGCUGCUCUGUCUGUGGGAAAUGUUUCACUGUUACAGGACAUUUGAAGAGACACAUGAAACUGCACACAGCCGACGGUGACCUGAACCCAAGACUUUGUCAGACCCCAUCAGGGCCCGGUUCAGACGUAGAACCGGGUCUGACAGCAGAUUUCUUGGUACCCAUUAAGACGUGCUGA